AUGUCUGGUGUUUGGGAGUUCAAGAAUGGUGUUCUUCGACUCGUCCAAAACCCCGGUGAGAGCCAUGGCUCGAAUGCUCGACGGAAAGUUCUAGUCCAUCUCACCUCUAAUGAAGUUAUUACAUCAUAUUCUGUCCUCGGAAGGAUAUUAUCAUCGCUCGGGUGGGAGAGAUACUAUGAUGACCCAGAAUUACAUCAGUUCCAUAAGAGGUCUACGGUUCAUCUCAUCUCUCUACCCAAGAGUUUCAGCAAGUUCAAAUCCAUGCACAUGUACGAUAUUGUCGUCAAGAAUCGUAAUGAGUUUGAAGUUAGAGAUGCUUAA